AAUGGCGCAGGCCACAAGCAACAUGUGACAAAAUAUAUUUUCUUUUUCACGAUCGCACAGCCAGAAUUUUUCAAAACUGCUCGUUCAGGUAACUGCAGAAUAUAUUCUUUGUUUCCGCAGUUAGGUAUAGUGCGACCUUGAGGUGCGUGAAGUUUCAGAAACAUCACUGUUGAACUGCCUGUUUCCGGCGCUCGCCGGACGUGUUCUGUCAUUUUAUUACGAUUUUAAGGCUAUCGAUUGCAUGAUUUGACAAUAACUUAGAAUUUUAGACAAGCAAGCUUUGUCUUGUUUUCUCAUACAGUUCGAUAUCUUUUGCUUGAGCCAAAGACUGUUGGACUGAGGGAAAUAAUAAUUAUACUGGCUAGACAGCUGAAUACUGGUAUGUUUAGACAAUGGCAAGAAAUCGAAACCAGCUGACGCACUCUUGUUAGCUUUAAUAUUAUAAUACAGUGAAAACUCGCGAGAAAGAACCUGCAUUUUCCCGGUUAGUCUAAACAGGUCCUUAACUGAGUGGUUAUCGGUUCAAAUUUAGGCUAUUUAGGUUCUUAUGUUUUGAAGGAAAAAAUACAUUGCAGCUAAGAGUAAUAUAUCUACAUACUUUUACCUCGCGGUUGGAGUGAUAAGGCACCUAUUGGGAAGAAUCAUGAAUGUUGACUUAUCUUAUUUGCCCAAGUGUACAGAAUUUUUUUUCAUAGGUUUUAUAAAAUAACCUGUUUCAAUUUAAGGCUAAACAGUUCUUGUAUAGAGGGGAUAUAACUGGCAAUUUUAGCCUAACAGGUUCUUGAAUGCCAGGGCCCAGUUGUUCAAAGGACGAUUAGCACUUAACCUAGGGUUAAAUUUAACCCAGGUUUCUUUUUCUUUCGUUCAAAAGCAUUUUCACGAAUAAUUUUCUCUGUUAUUUUUAAGAGCAUCAAAUCAUCAACUUGUUGACAGAAUUUUACUUUUUAAUCUUUCAUAUCUAAAUUCAAAUGUGACUUAUUUUAUGUGGUAAACUAUGAUAUUCUGCCAAUUUAACUUUUGUCUUGAUGUCUCUCUGCUGUGAGGGUCAAUAGUUGGAGAGAGAAAUUGUCAUCAUCUUGUAUUUAAUGAUUCAUUAAUAAAAAGUCUUUUGCAUCGUCUUUUUCAUGCAUAUUCUAGCCCUGUCUAUUCAUGGCUUGGAAAACCAAUAUGAUAUGUUAAAUUACCAGUAAGCUGAUGGACAGCAGCAGUAGUGAAGAGGAAGACUUUGAAGGUUUUGUUGUUACUCCUGAAGAAAAGUUAAGUUAUAAAGCAUGGACAAGGAAGAGAAGAGCUUCAGAGGCCUUUAACGAUAGUAGUGAUGAUGACCUAAGUGGAGAUGACGACAAUGAAGAUGAUGAUGAUGAUGAUGAUGAUGACGAUGAAGAUGAUGAUGAUGACCAAGGUAUAUUCAUGUUACAGUUUUUUUCAUUUUCUAAAUCAGUCAUUUUCCAUGAUGUAUUAAGGAAUCCAUCAGGAAAUUACGUAAUUUUAUUUUCAGUACGAACAACAUUUUAAGCCAUAUAUGGCAUUCUUUUUUACACUUUUCAAGGGCUAAUUAAAUGUAAUAAUUUAUAUGAAACAACUCCAAAGAUAAGGUUUUUUAUGGAGUGAAAUCUUGUGCAUGAUGAUUUUACCUGUGCUUUCUAAAUUCCUGUGAAAUUGAAAUUUAUUUUUUGGGGCUCCCAUAAAGAAAUUGUCUUUGGUGUUAUUACAGAUAACUAAUUACAUCUAUUGCACUUGAAAAGUGUAAGAAAGAAUGUGAUAUGGUUUAAAAUGCUCAGGUACAAGGGUUUUGUCCACUAAAGAUUAAAAUUACUUAAUUUCUUGAUAGAUUCUGUCUUAAUUUUCUCCUUGGCCUGCAGAUGAAGAAAAUGGCGGACUUGAUAAUCCACUGGAUGAAGUAAUUAUUGAAGAGUCAGGUGAUGAGAUGUCCUCUGGUAACACUGAUCAGUGUCCAGUGUGUCUUAUGUCCCUCAAGGAUCAGCUUCUUGGGACACCCAACAACUGCACCCAUGUGUUUUGUUUUGAUUGUAUCCAGGAAUGGGCAAAGGUGAGAAUCAUCAGAUUUAAAAAUCAUUUGCAAUCACAUGCAACUGAAACCCAAGCAUAGCUGCAGCUGUAGAUGUUGGGCUUGGCAUCAGUUAACAGCAUGGCUGUGUGAUUUACAUUUAGGCACCCACCUUGAAAUCAGGUCCUGGGAUUGGUUCUGCUGUGACCAGUUCCUAAAUUUGUUUCCUGGUACAUGAAAUCCUGAGUUCAUCUGCCUCUUCACCUUUAUAGAUCGGCAACUUUUUUGCCCACCCACCUUUUUUAAUCUUAGGAGAUAUACCCUUAACAUGACUAUUCAUACAGAUGUAGUACACAAGAUGUACAUCAGUGCAUUGUUUUUUACUAACAGUUUGGCAUAAAAGGUAUUUUCUUAAAUUUAUGUGGCCGAAAGUCAGACUUACACUUUAUUAAAACUACAUAUUCAUAGAAUGCUACUACCUGUCCAGUGGGAAGGAAACCAUUCAGUGAAAUAUUGGUUCAUGCUUCAAAGAAAGGACCAGUCCUGCAAAGAGUAAGUAAAUGUUCCUACUGGUAUACUGCAGAAUUUCUUUUAUCAUUCGUCAAACAAUAUUCAAUUCUUGGUGUUGCAGAAAUUACUGUUAGUAAGAUGAUUAUUUUGUUUUGGUGUGGUUAUUGUCUGGUGUGUCUUUCCAUUCUUUUGUAUUUUAGGAGGAUGUAUCCACUGAGGCCUUCAGCCUUAGAACUAGCUGGGGGAUUGGAGUCAAUCAGAAAUGGCAGAAUAUUUUGAAUGAAUUACUGCAUGGGGCUUGGUCUCAAUAGUUCAAACAUUGACCGCUCCUUCCUCUGGAUAAGUCACUAUCCAUCGGAUAAGUAAUGUUAGGGAAACCAGUUGUAUUAUCCACUGGGUGGGUACUUAUCCAGUGGCUAGUGGUAUCCACCUUUGGAACAACUUACAUCUGGUGUUUACCGAAGAUUGCAACCUGUACUCAAAUCCCAGUCCUGGACUUUCCUGCAUUAUUGUUUGUCAGACAUUAGUGGAACAUGAAGAGUAACAAAACAUGCUUGAAAUUAAUUUUAUCAUUUGUAGAUUCCAGUUGAGGAGCGACAAGCAGAACAUGAUGAACAGGAAGAUGAUCCCACCUACUGUGAGGUAUUUUGUAGCUAUUCAAUUUUGCUAUUUGUCUGUUCAGUUGUCAUUACAUGUAGAUCACAUAGGCUGUAAAGACAUCAAAAUGCAGCAAGAACAAUCGUUACACAGAAUGUACAGUCAUUUCCAGGCAUGGGUGCAUGUAUAUUACAAUUUUCAUUUUCAACUUCAGGUCUCUUUUUUAAUUCACCAGGUUUGUGGUGAAUGUGACAGAGAAGACCGAAUGCUGUUAUGCGAUGGAUGUGACAAUGGGUGAGAUUAAAACAGCUUAUAAUAUUGUUUGAUGCAGUCUGGUGUAGUGCCUCAAAAUUUAGUUCACAUUUCAGCUUACAAAGAACAGUAGGCAGUAACUUGUUGCUAUGUUGGUUUGAGCCUCAAAGUACUGCAGUUUUUUAGAGAGAUUGUUGGUGACAAAGAAUAUGAUUUUGUCAGUUUGUAGAAUGUAGUUAACUUACACUGUAUGUGCAGACGUCAUGCAAGUCAGGCAGGUUAAAGAGUAACUUGACCUGGGGUAAUACAACGUCACAAAACUACGCCCAAAUGUAUGAUGCCUUAUGCCGUAUGCUGCAACUAAAAUCUGAGAGGGACCCUGAUACAAAGAAGGAUAAAGGGACUGGAACAAUCGCUCAUUUUAACCGGGGGGGAGGGGGGUACGAUUUAUCAGAGUCCUAGUUCUUACAUUUCGUUGUAACUGUGGCGUAGAAUUUCCUUUGAAAUACAAGGGGUGUCCGUUAUUUUUGUAUCAUAGGAGUUCAAUUUUAUUGAGGGCCGACUGCGCAUUUGUGUUUGUUUUUAGUUACCAUAUGGAUUGUUUAACUCCCCCUGCCGAGUUUGUACCGCUGGAUGAGUGGUUCUGUCCAUCAUGCUCAUCAUACCAGGAACCGGAAGAACAAGAGGGUGACAGCCCCAGGGAAUUAACACGCGCGCGUACCACGCGCGGUAGACCACGAGGAAGUACUGCAAGACGCGUUUCUGGUUCAGACAGAACAGGUACAGUCGAUGUGGAUUUUUAGUAUGUUGUCUUUUUUUCAUCAGUGAACUGCAAAGACCACUAUUGAUGGUCCUCGGCGGGUAUUUUUUCCCCUGCCCUUCCCCUACAGGACUCUCAUCUGCUGCAAGGAUCCCCCGCCCUAUACGUCGUUAUGGCUGCUCGGGGUUAAAACAGGUUCUUGCGUAAAAUAGCAGGCUUCCAAGGCUUGCUGUGUACAAGUUAAAAACAGGAACAAGAACAGAUUUACGAUAAGGACGACAGGCUGUCAUUCGUCUUGUAAAUUAGUGGCUUCUCAAAGAGCUUACAUAUAUAUUGCAAAUGGUAAGCAUCAAUGGGAAUAGCCAUAAAACGAAUGUAAUCCAAAAAUAAUUUUCCAUUGGAGGAAAUUGGUGUAAAAGAGAUGUCUUGAAUUGGCGCACCAGGUUCUUGAUCAGAAUAUUUCGAGUAAAAGGCUUGAGAGGUAACGCCCAUAGCUCAAGUAACAGAUCUAACGGUAUAAUAUCUUCCUGUUAGGGACAACACGGACAGCCCGAACGGUUGCCUCAACCCGAGGACGAGGCAGAACUCUGCAAGGACAAGGCAGAGGGCGGGGAAGGAGUGGCAGUCGAGGCCGCGGUCGAGGAGGACGAAGUUCGAGUACUAGAGGACGGCGAUCAAGUUCAAAAAAGAAAACAAGAAGACGAAAGAAACGUCGAUGUGGAAGCACCAAAGAAACAGGGUCAUCGAGUAGAAAGCGGUCAAAAAAGACGUCAAAAAGAAAAACAAAGAAAUCGACUAAGAAACGAAGAGUAGCAAAAGAAGAGGAAGUAUCGCCGUUUAUUUACGAACCAAAAAGGCGCGGCAAAACUGUUCACGCACGCCUGUUGGAGAGUUUGAGUGCUCCAGGUCCUUCGACUGAACCGUCACGUUCCACUUCAAGUGGAAGGGUACCAUUUCCGAGCAGACUUGAACCGAGUUCCAGCUUUUCGUUGUUUGGCAACGCCUUUGCUUUGCAUGAUUUCGAUGAGCAGGAAAAUGAUGUCCAAGAAGAAACUCCGAGGGUAGAACAAGCAACAGCGUGGAGGUAAAGUUUUGGGUGAAACUGCGUUAACAUUUACUUUAGCUAAUUAGUUUUUUCUUUAUCAUUACAGCUAGAUCAAGUUGGUCCAAAAGGCACGCAGGGUGUUCUCUCUAUACCUGUUUGUGUCAGUAAUAGAGUCAUAGUAUUAGUGUAGAAGUGUCUUGAGUUAGUACCACAGCACCUAUGCAUAAUGCUAGUCGCCAGGAAAGGAUAAUGAUCUCUUGCUGUCAAAUUAGAAGGAGACAUAACUAAUGAGCUUGACAAAGCUGUUUUGCAAAGAAGCGUCAACUUUAUACUGUACACAACUCUUGUACCCUUGUACCCUUGUACCGAGAGGUGUAUGCUAAAUUCCGGAGGAACUAUGAAAAACCUAAAAUAAACAAACGCUAUAAAGCAAGAAUUUUAGUAAUAUUCUCAUCUUUACCUUGUUUGUUUUCAGUUCGGAAUCAGACAAUCCAGAUGUCCUUGGAUCUAUAUUUCAAGGUUUGCACACGUUGCAUAGUUCCAGCAGUCAGCUUUCACGUGACGGUAAACUGGUUGCGCGCGAUGACCCCUCACGUGUCGAAAGAUCUCCAGCCAGAAAUACCGAAAAUAGGAGAGAUAGUGCAAACAAUUUAAGGGACAAAAACCAGAGUGAAAAGGAAAAGGAAACACCCCUAGUAGAAAAGAAAGAGCCAAAGGAUGAAGGAAUCAUCAUUUGCAAAGGAACUAACAAUGCGACCGUCUCAUCAGUUGACAAUCCAGGAGGAAAUAAAGACUGUUCGCUUGAAAAAUCUGUUGAAAAUCGUUUAAAGACGGCGGAUUCUGCGUCUUGUGGCAAGCCAAAGGAAACAAUACAUCCUCCAAAAACAUCUUCAGCGUCUUCUUCGACACCGUUAAAACCUGUUUCUCCUAAACCCACAUUGUAUGCUUUCAGAAUUCCUAAACGACGUUCAUCUCUUAACUCUCAAAAUGAAUCAAAGCAAGUGUUCUCGGGUGUGGGCUUUGGCUCUACGAGUGAUAAACAUGAUCAAGUUUCCGUGUGCUCCAUUUCCAAGUUCAAAAUACCCAAACGGACAAAUAGCUGCGGUGACGACAUCUCAAUGAAUAACUUUGCCAAUGCAAUGGUGACAAAUUCAGACACUGCGUGCGUUGGACAGAAGCUAGGAACGUCUUGUAAGGAACAAAGAGUGCUGCUUUCAAAUGUCACUUCUCCAAACAAGGGAUUGCCUUCUUCAACUUGUGGUGUAACGACUACACAAAGUUCUUCGGGUUUUGAUAGAGUCAGGCAUGUUUUGCACAAGAAUUUUGAGCGAAAAAAUGCUCCUAAUUUAUCAACUGACAAAAAGUCAAACACAAGUUAUUCAAGUAGCUUGAGUAGAUGUCACGCAAGUAAAAUAAGCAUCCCUCACAGUUAUAAUUCAGCUCCAACUGGAAGUACUACUGGAAGUACCAUAAAUUCAGGAUCUGUUAAUGUGAACCGUUUUCAAAUACGGAAAAGCAUGUCCUCGCGUCACCCAGUGAACGCUGUUGAUUGCAAUUCCACGUCUUCCAGCGUGGGGAGAGAAACAAAGUCGAACAACGUGACAACUUGUCACGCAAAGAACUUUGGUGAUGAUCCUGCCUCCAAUUUUUUCCCCCCUCUAACUGAAGAAGCGACGUUCAAUGACAAUUCUAAACCCGUGCGGGGCAAAGAGCAACGACGUAGUAACAUUGAAAUUCUAAAAAUGCUGCAAGAAAAGCAGCGGAAUAUGAGGGAGCAGAUGUUAGACGAUCCUAAAGCUCCUCUUUCUCUCCGGACACGCAGUAGCGAUGAAGUAAAUUCGAGGACGCGGUCAAGUGAAAGACCGCACAGUUCAGAUGAAUUUGCAGGUCGCUCACGUGCGGUUACUUUGCCAGUUGCGGUCGUGAAACCUUCGCUUCACGUUUCGAGUCCCACAAAGGCUUCGCCAGCCGUACUUCAAUCCAUUAUUUCUGACAGUUCGCCCGUUAAGAGUAUUGCAAGUGGAAUCAUUGACGCCCACAGCUCUUAUUCUCGGAGUUUUCAAAGAGUGCAUUCGGGUUUUCACCCUCGCUCCGGAGAUAAACUGUCAAAACGAGGUCAAGAUGAAAAGGUACCUGGUACAAAUGGUGAUCGAGAUCAACAGAGAAAAUUGGUAAGGACAAAAAAAUAGUUGAUUAGUAGUAUAUGAACUGACACCUACUAUCGAUGGCAUACAAAUUGUCUAAGUGCAACUUACCUCCCCUCCCCCCUUACUCAAAGCUGAUUCUAAUACGUAUCCUCUUUAAAGAGGUGCAAGCAACGUUGAUUUGGGGAGGGGGACCUUUAUUUCUUCCUUUGCUUGGCUAGCUACCUUUUCUCGACAGUUUCGUCAAAAUUUGUAGAAUUGGGUGGGAAAACACGCAGUCGAUUUUUUUAAAGUUAUUUGUUUUGUUUUCUCUCUGUUCUUUUUCUUCGCUUACUAGGAACCUAAAGGAGUCCAAUCUCAUUUCAUUUCAUCAAAGUCAUCUAAUUUGAGUACUAUACAUGUCAUGUGUAAAAUGCCGAAAGCAAAUAAUACGACACGAAAGAUCAGCAAAGUAUGUAAAUAAUUUUAAGUAGUUAUAGCACUGGACUUCAGUCGUCCAACUUAAACUUUAGAACUACUCAACUACAGUUUAUGGCUCCUUUGCACUAUGGGGAUAAAAAGCCCUUAAAGUCGUGCAAUUUUUCUGCGAACUAGUCGCAGUUCUUUAUUUACAGUUAAUAAACCCAAAGGUAAUUGACAGGAUUUCAAAGUACAGUUUGUGACAAAUCCGCGCUUCUUAUUGGUGCAUUUGUCAUGAGUAACUGAUCGCUUACUAUUGGACCUACAAAUACUUACAAAUACUUUUUUUUAAAUUUGUUCAGGGAAUAGCACGUCUCCAGCGACAUCAACAAAUCGUAGACGAGGUAAAGUUAGCCCUGAAGCCAUUUUAUAUACAAGGAAAGAUCACUAAAGAUGACUACAAGCUAAUAAUGAAAAAGAGCGUGGAAAAGGUUUGUGAGAUGUUUGUUCUUGAAGACCAUUUGCUUAAACUGAAACAGAAUUGAUGUGCUAUGCAAGUUUCCAGUAUGUUACAGACGUGAUGCACACAAGUAGAAAAUUUGGAAUGUGGUCGAUUUGUCUUAUAUCAGUGUAAGAAUAAAAUUGCACGUGCCACUGAGAUACCGCAUAUUGUAUGUGCAUAUUGCUUAGUCAGUCAGGGUUACAGCCAUUCAUUAUUCGUUGUGAGACUAAAUAUUAAGCUAAAUAAGACGCGUGUAUGUUCAUGCGUUUCACGAUUAUUUCAAGGACAGGGAAAAUUUGUAGUACCGAAAAAAAAAAUCUGUCGCAAAAAAGGGUACACUCAACAAUUUCAAUUCAUAUCUGAACACUAGGCCGAAUCAGAGUUGGGCCACAAUGGUAGAAACAAGUUCUCUUAACAAUACGCCACUCUUGCUUCCUAAGAAUUAUGUCUAUUGAUACUUUUUCAAUAGCAAUACACAGGUUUCACUAAACGAAAAAACCGAACGCACUCAAAGAAACACUGCAAGUACUUUUGGAUUCCAGCCCGGCACGUAUCGCGUUUUCCAUUAUAAAGUAAAGAAGAAUGAAGAAAUGUUCUUUUUCUGAAUUCUGUGGGAUGUUUAAUUUUAUUUGUAUUUAUUGGCAGAUUGAAGAAUCCAAUAGCAGUGUGGAUCGUGACAGAGUUGGCCGACUUGUGAAGAAGUAUGUGCACAAAAUUAAAGGCGUUGACAUUGCUACCCUACCUUAGACUUAAACGUUUAACGUUUUUUACGCCCACUUUGAGAUGGCAGCCUUUGACAUAUACUUAUGGUUACCUCAAUAUCGGUUGAAAGUGUAAAUUUGGCAAAUUUAUAUUUUAAAU